AUGGCUUCCUCCAAUUUAAUGGCUUCUUUGGCUGUAAUUCUGGUUCUACUAGCAGUUAUUGCAAAAGCAGAUGAUCAUAUAUCUCCUGCUCCCUCUCCUAUCAGUGACAGCCUAUGCAAUGAAGUGGAGUGUGGGAAAGGAACUUGCAAGACAGCAAUUGGGUCUCCGUUUAACUUCGUAUGUGAAUGCGACGCUGGCUGGAAGCGAACCCGUCUUGACAACGAAGAAAAUCUUCAGUUUCUUCCUUGCAUAGUUCCAAACUGUAGUCUUGACUACUCCUGCAUGCCAGCUGCCCCUCCAGCGCCCUCCGUUCCAAACAACUCAUCAUUCUUCGAUUCUUGCAACUGGAUCUAUUGUGGAGAAGGUGCAAUUGGAUCUGAUUGCGCAAGGCUUGGAAUCGAGGUAUCUAAGUCAUCAUCACCCUCACCUUCUGAUGGGAAUAGUCAAGCCACCUCUUUUCUCCCAGGAAGAUUCCAUUGGAUAAGCAUCACACUGAUCUCUAUGGCUAUGGCCUUGUGGAAGUAA